AUGGCACGAGAUCGAAGCCCAAGCGGGCCGCCAUCCAACGCGCCAAAGGCGCCAGCCGCUUUCCGUCGCCAUCUCGACGAGCAGCAGUCUUUGAACCUAACAUAUCCGAAGUCGUCGGCAGGACCUGGCUCCUGGACGCAGUCGAAAAGAUGGGUGAGCGACGAGACAAAAGAACGCGCAGCCUAUCAGAAGCUCAUGCAGUCACUUCACUACCUAGGCGCAGACAAGUCACCAUCUCUUCCGCAAACAUCAAGUGAGCUGACAAGCUUCAGAGUAGCCCAAGCUGAGAGCAAGGGCCGCAUCUUUGGUGAGAAACUGCGGCGAAUGGAAGAGGCAGAGGCCCAGAAGCAGAGGAAUCCACAACACCUCGAGGUUUUCCAUGGCCUAGAUCUGGCUGACGGUCUCUCCCCUGUGUUUGCCGUCUUGAAUUGCUUCAACAAAUAUCAAGACCCCAAACAACAAGCAGGAUGGCCCAGCGUGGCCGAGUUCAAGGAAGAUGGCGAGAAACGGGCCGCACGCUAUGGGCGAUAUUUUCCACUGCCUCGUCUCGAUUUCAUUGCGAGAGAGUCGGAAGGUGAGGACGCGGCCUGUCUAUACACCAGCGAUGGAUCCAUCAAAUAG